UAGUUGUAUCGACGGCUAUCUGUCACGCACACCAGGAAGUGUCCGAUCUAUGCGUUGUAGUUCUGGGGUCAACUCUUCCAGUCAAAGUGUCGUCAAAGAGCGGCUAGAGGACUAUUGUGUGUGUGUGGCUGUUGAGACCAGCCAGUAUACCAGGAUGGACUCGGAGAUUCUGAACAUAGAAGAGAUAGUGAUGGGUCGGGGAUUGCCAGAUCCACCUCCUGAAGUUCCCCCCGAAAAACCAGCAGAACCAUACAAACCCAGAAUCUUUAAUGGACCUCCUGCAGCCUCCGUUCAACCCUACCAGCAUGAAAAUCUGCAGUGUUUCCAGUGCUUCAUCACCUUCUGCAGUGCCAAAGCCAAGGAAAGGCAUAUGAAGAAGAGCCAUCGGGAAGAGUAUAAGCAACAGCUUCAGCAGGGAAACACUUUGUUCACGUGCUAUGUGUGUGACCGUUCAUUUCUGUCAUCUGAGGAACUGACACAGCACCAGCCAACACACAGCAAGGACGACAAGCCCUUUAAAUGUGUGCACUGCAAGGAGAGCUUUAAAACAUUCUCCGAACUAACAUCCCAUAGAAGACAGGUUUGUCCAGAGAAACAGUUGGUAUGUAAAGAUUGCAAUGAAACCUUCCGGAGCGCUGGACUGUUGCGUAAUCAUCGCCUGGCCCAGCAUCUCCGCCCAGAGGUAGAUACUGCAGAACAGCCGGAGGACCCUGCGAAAACCCACCGCUGUAAGAAGUGUGGUCAGGGCUUUGAAACAGAACCAGAGCUGAUAGAACACCAGGAGAAGUACCCUGAAGGUCAGCAAUGCAAUGGCAGCGCUGCAUCCGUCAAGAAACGCGGACGACCUUCCAAAGCUGAGGACCCGGCAGCUGCUGAGAAAAAGGUUAAGCGGAAAAAGAAAGAUGAGCCAGAAGCGCCCGAGGAGGCCGUAAAGGCCAGCAGCACAGCAGAGUCAGCAGCACCUCCUGCAGAGGAAAAAGGAAAAGCAAGUGGGGCAAAGCGUGGCCGUCCCGCUAAAGCAGCAGUAAAAACAGAAACGGAAGAUAUGAAGAGUCCCGAGGAGGACAGUCAAGCUCCAGCAAAGGAGAAGAAACCUAAAGUAGAAGCUGCUCCUCCGGCCCGUCAGCACGCCUGUCCUGAUUGUGACCUCACAUUCUCCGGCUUGAUCCAGCUCCGUGCUCACAAGAAGGAGAAACACGCCCCGCGGAAGGCCCAUCCCUGCGAAGAAUGCGAAGAGAGCUUUGCCCGUCCUGAGCAGCUGGACGCCCACAUGUCACGGGCUCACGCCGUGGGCCGCCUCGCCUGUCCAGUCUGUGGGAAGAGCUUUGGCCGUGAGCGCACCUUGAAAGCUCACCAGAAAAGCCACCCGGAGGAAAAGCCUGAAAACCCAAGUGCAAAGAGAUAAUUGAGCCAUGGGGAACUUGCAAAAAGUGUAUGGUUUUUGAAGAUUUUAGUCAGGAAUUGUCCUUUUGCUUUUAACAUUGGAGAUCUGAUCCUACUAAUGGUAGUUCAGAGUUUGGAAUGGUUUUGAGAAUGACGUUUUAGCAAGGUUUGGAUUUUUUGAAUUUGAGUUUUGAUUAUGAGCUAUUGAGAUUUUGGACACAAAGGAACAUCUCCGAAAUAAAAUAACCAAAUGUUGUUGAGUCCAUCUAUUGCACCCGUUGCCACAAAACAUAGUUUAUUUGUAAAAAAAAAAAAAAAAAAACAUCUGUUUUGAUUAACUUUUUUAAUGAUUGUUUUCUGUUUUGUUUUUUUAAGCUUGAAAUGUGUGUGUUUUGAAUUUAUUACUUGGAGUCUGGAGUUUAAUUCACUGUGGUUAAAAAAAGGUUUAUUUUUUUUUAAUGUUUUUUUUCCUCUUGUUUUUAUUCCAACACAAAUUGGGUAAGUACCUAUUUUGAAGCAAAUUAGAUGCCUAGUAGAGAUACUAUGUUUGAAUGUCAGACAGGUUGUCAAAAGAAAUGUUUUAUGUACAGCUUCUGGUUCAUAUUCUGCUUUUUUUUUUUUUUUUUUUUUUUUUUUACUCUUUUGAUUAUGUUCCUUUCUAAAUUAUGUCUCAUUGAGGAAGAAUUUUAAAAUAUCAUGAUUUUGUUCUGCUGAAAAAAUACUUUGGCUUAGAGCUCCAGAUUCAAUGUGGGCAGAAAUGAUCCACUAUAAACCUCCUUGUCGAUGACUAAAAAUAAUACUCCUUUUAAUUUUUCACUUAUUAGAAUAAUAUUUCAUGUCUUAGACAUUUCUUAAAUGGAACUCGUGACUCUUAAAUGCCUUAGAGUCCCAUAAGAAACUGUGUAUAUCAUGUGUUUUUCACUGAUUGGAUUGUUUCUCUCCCCACUGCAAUGUGUCUGGACACUGCAAAAAUGUAAUAAAACAUGCUAUCCCAAGGGAGGCUGCUGAAGAAAUAA